CACUAGAUAAGUUGAAGAUGACGUGACGUGAGUCACCAUUUGCGAACUAGCUAUCCUUGCUUUUGGCGGGAUUUCCUCACGACACCAAUUCGCAAGCCUGAGUCGCGUAGCUUGAUAUGGAGAUCAGCAUUCAUCCCCGAAAAGUCCUUAGAUGAUCUGCGUCACUUCCCAGCAGGCGCAGCGUCACCGGCUUGAGCGCAGGCGCACAGAGUAUGGCACACCCGCACCAUCACCCCGCCUCCAAGGCGGGCUCCGGCUUCACCCUCAGAAGCCGGUGGAUUGCCUUCGCGCUAUACGCAGUCCUCAGCAUUGCGCUGACGAUUGUACUUUUUGUUGACCCGCUCAUUGACCGGCCCUCGGGGCUCGUUAAGCUCGCCUGGUUCACCAAGGCGCCGCUGAGCCACGGCCUCGACCCGUGCUCGUGGGAUUAUGAAGGCUCCUGGCGCAUCGGCUUUGCUCGCGGCAACCCCGACCCGCAGCACCUGCAGCUGUCUGCAGAGCCCGUCAUCACCUGCGCGACGCUGGCCAAUGCCACGGCCGCAAGCUUUGUGGCCGACCCAUUUCUGUACAUCCCAUCCUCCAGCAACGGGACAACCGCCACCUCGCCCAGCUUCAACACCUCAGCGAUAGCAGACGCCACAACCUCUUCCAAGCAGCCCUGGUUCGCGUUCUACGAGAUGAAGAACCUCAAGCGCUAUCUGGGCGAGCUGGGCGUGGCUGUGUCGUACGACUCGGGGGAUAGCUGGCGGCACCUGGGCACCGCCGUGUCAGAGCCCUUCCACCUGUCCUUCCCGCUGGUGCUGUGGGACGCUGACUCGCAGCAGUACCUCAUGUUCGCGGAGACCAUCGGAUCCAAGGAAGGCAACAUCUGGAUCUAUGGCACCAGCCGGGAGGCCUUCCCGUUCGGCUGGCGGGUAGUGCGGCGCGUGUGGCCGGAGGACCCGGGCUGGCCCGACACGCGGCGCUGGUUCCAGUUCGGCAUGCCUGCAAAGUACGUGGACACGGCGCCGGUGUGGUUCGAGGGCCGCUGGUGGAUUUUCACCACCCGGGUGGGCACCCCCGCGGCCGGCCAGCCCAAGUAUACGCUGCUGGUGUACACCGCAGACACGCUGCUGGGCGACUGGAAGCCGCACCCGGCGGCGCUGGCAGGGGUCGCGUACGCGGCGGCGCCCGGUGGCCGUGUGCCGUUCGGCGUGGACGCGGGCCGCCGCACAGCGCGCAACGGCGGCAGGCCGUUUGUGAUGGGCGGCCAGUUGUACCGCUGGGCGCAGGACUGCAGCCACUUUUACGGAGAGGCGCUGCGGCUGAUGCACGCCACGGCCGCCAACGCCACCCACUACGCCGAGGUGGAGGUGGCGGCGCUGGCGCCCAGCCACGACGGCCUGUCCUGGCACAGCGCGCGGCUGCACCACGCCGACAUACACAUGCUGCCGGACGGCUCCUGGGGCGGCUUUGUUGACGGCGACAGGUACCAGGAUGGUUACUCGCACUUCAUAGCUCGGGAGCAGUGGUUCGUUGAGCUCAAGGCGCGGCUUAAGUGGGUGGUGGCGGCGCAGCUGAUUAUGGUGGUGCUGGCGGCGGCGCUGCUGGCGGCGGCGGCGGCGAGCGGGGGCGGGCCGGCGGGGGCGGCGCGGGGGCUGCUGGGCUUUGGCACCAGGUGCUGUGGGCUCUGCCCAGCACCGGCCCGCCGCGCACUAGCCCGCGCCGCGGCCGCGCUGGGCCUGCAGCAGCAGGUGGCAGCAGGCGGCAGCGCGGCGGCUGCAACGGCGGCGGGAGCAGGUGGAGCGCUUGGUGCGGCGGCGGCAGCUGUGGUGCUGGUGGCGACGGCGGUGGUGGCGGCGGUUGGUGUGAUGGCGGUGAUGCCAUGGGUGGUACCGUGCCCUAGGUGGCCGGUGCAGGUGCCGCCCUUCCCCGAGUCCCCCUGGUUUGUGCCGGACUCGCCCCACGUCGACCCCGCCGCCCCCUACAACAUCAGCGCUGGCCCGGGGCCGGGCCACGGCGGCCGCAGCAGCAGCAGCGAGACUAGCAGCAGCGGCAGCAGCGGCAGUAGCAACGCCAGCCUGACGGUGGUGACGGGCUGUAGCUCCACCUUUAUGGACAGACUAGAGAACCUGGUGGGCUCCUUGCAGUACUGGUCUCCGCACACCCCGGUGGCUGUGUACGACCUGGGCUUCACCAGCCAGCAGCUGGCGGAGAUACGCUGCUGGCAGGGCGUGGAGGUUCGGCGCUUUCCGUUCGAGUCGUACCCGCCGCACGUGCGCGAGAUGCGCACGUACGCGUUCAAGGGGCUCACGUUCCAGCGGGCGGUGGAGGCGGUGGCGCCGGGGCAGGCGGUGCUGUGGAUCGACUGCGGGCUGGAGGUGCGCGCCCCGCUGGACCCGCUGGCGCAGUCGCUGUCCCGCCACGGCCACGUCAGCGCGCAGCAGUCCACCUCGCCGGGCCGCCAGGGCGCCCCGCUGGGCCACAUGGCGGAGCGCUACACGCGCGUCUUCCUCAACAUGUCACUGCCCGAUUACGAGCGCAUCAAGCUGCUGCCCUUCUGUGCGGCAGGAGUGCAGGGCUUUGUGCACGGCAGUGACGCGCACCGGCUGGUGCUGGGCCCCGUGGCGGCCUGCAGCCUGGAGCGGGACCGCUGCAUCGCGCCGCCCGGCCACUCGCGCAACCAGCACUGCUACGAGCAGACGGCGCUGACGCUGCUGCUGCGGCACCACAACUUCUCCACCUGCCUGCAGCGGGAGCUGUACGCGAGCUCGUCCACGCGCAAGACCACCUACGACCCGCGCCAGAGCUCGGCGCCGCUAGUCAUCGCUUCCAGGCGCUACCGGCAGCCCAAGCCCUACCGUGCCCUGCUGAGGCGGCGGCCGCAGUGCCGCGCCGACCCUGGCACCAACCCCUGGCCCACCAUCGCCUCGGAGCACACCGAGUCCACCAUCGGCCACUCCGGCCUCAACACCGUGAUCCUGACGCGCGCGAGGGCGUUGCUGGACUUCGUGGUGCAAGCCGGCUGCUGCGUGGGGCUGCAUGCGCUGGCGCAGCUGGUGCUGUGGACCCAGGUGCUGCUCGCAGUGCGGGGCUAUGGCUGGCGAAUUGUUUGUGCCAGCUGCGGCGCACCGGGCUUGACAGCGGCCCACCCUGGAGCAGCAGCUGGCGGCGCCCACGUGAAGCAGCCCCUGCUAGGGACGUGGCAUGGGGCACGGGGGCGAGGGCAAGCAGGGCUUGGGGGCGUGGCGGGGAGGCGCGCGGGCGCCGCGGUGUACGGUGCGUUGCUGUCGGGGCCGGUGAAGUUGGCGCUGCUGUGUAGCGGGCUGCUUGGGCUGCUGUCGGCAGCGGCCAUGACCUACACGUGUGAUGUGUUGUAGCGCUGCUGUGCUCAGCUUGCGAACAUGCAU